CUGGUGAAGAUGGGGGAGCUGGCCAGCGAGAGCCAGGGCUCCAAAGAACUUGGAGAUGUUCUCUUCCAGAUGGCUGAAGUCCACAGGCAGAUCCAAAAUCAGUUGGAAGAAAUGCUGAAGUCUUUCCACAACGAGCUGCUCACACAGCUGGAGCAGAAGGUGGAGCUGGACUCCAGGUACCUGAGUGCCGCGCUGAAGAAAUACCAGACGGAGCAGAGGAGCAAGGGCGACGCCCUGGACAAGUGUCAGGCCGAGCUGAAGAAGCUCCGCAAGAAGAGCCAGGGCAGCAAGAACCCACAGAAGUACUCGGACAAGGAGCUGCAGUACAUCGACGCCAUCAGCAACAAGCAAGGGGAGCUGGAGAGCUAUGUGUCCGACGGCUACAAGACCGCCCUCACCGAGGAGCGCAGGAGGUUCUGCUUCCUGGUGGAGAAGCAGUGCGCCGUGGCCAAGAACUCCGCCGCCUACCACUCCAAGGGCAAGGAGCUGCUGGCCCAGAAGCUGCCGCUGUGGCAGCAAGCCUGCGCCGACCCGAACAAGAUUCCGGACCGUGCUGUCCAGCUGAUGCAGCAGAUGGCCAACAGCAAUGGCUCCAUCCUCCCCAGUGCCCUGUCGGCCUCCAAGUCCAACCUGGUCAUCUCAGACCCCAUUCCAGGAGCCAAGCCCCUUCCGGUACCUCCUGAACUGGCACCAUUUGUGGGGCGGAUGUCUGCACAGGAGAACACACCCAUCAUGAACGGCGUCGCAGGCCCGGACAGCGAGGACUACAACCCCUGGGCUGACCGCAAGGCUGCCCAGCCCAAGUCCCUGUCUCCCCCACAGUCUCAGAGCAAGCUGAGUGACUCGUAUUCCAACACACUCCCCGUGCGCAAGAGCGUGACCCCGAAAAACAGCUAUGCCACCACCGAGAACAAGACUCUGCCCCGCUCAAGCUCCAUGGCGGCCGGCCUGGAGCGCAACGGCCGUAUGCGGGUGAAGGCCAUUUUCUCUCACGCGGCUGGGGACAACAGCACCCUGCUGAGCUUCAAGGAGGGUGACCUCAUCACCCUGCUGGUGCCUGAGGCCCGUGACGGCUGGCACUAUGGCGAGAGUGAGAAGACCAAGAUGCGGGGCUGGUUUCCCUUCUCCUACACCCGCGUCCUGGACAGCGACGGUAGUGACAGGUUGCACAUGAGCCUGCAGCAGGGAAAGAGCAGCAGCACCGGUAACCUACUGGACAAGGAGGACCUGGCUGUGCCGCCGCCUGACUACGCCACGUCCUCCCGGGCCUUCCCUGCCCAGGCGGCCAGCACCUUCAAGCAGAGGCCCUACAGCGUGGCCGUGCCUGCCUUCGCCCAGGGUCUGGAUGACUACGGGGCGCGGUCCGUGAGCAGCGGCAGUGGCACGCUGGUGUCCACAGUGUGAGGACGCUGACCACAGGCAGCUGCUGCUCGGAAGAGCUUCCGCUCCUCCCCCACGUGUCUCCCUCAGUUUCCCUCCUCAGCGCUCGGCAGUUUGUUCUUGGGUGGUUCUGCUCCACCGCCUCCCCCGCCUUUUGGUUGGUGACCCCAGACUCUGUGAUCCCCCAGGGUCCAUGGUGCUGCUCCAUCCACCCCCUCCCCGUGUUUACACGCCCCCACCCCCGCGCGCCCGGCCUUUCGAGCAGAGACUGCCAGGCAGGGGCCGCCGGCCCGGGCAGUGCAGCGGCGCCCCGGCCCGCACUGCGGCGUUCGCGACACCCUCCCCUUUUAUAAGGCUCGCCACGAGCCAGGUCUAAAGUUUGAAGAAAAAGAAAAAUCUUUAAAAAAAAAAAAAACCAAAAAACAAAAGAUGAAAAAUAGGAAAAAGGACUUUUUUUUUCCUGGAAAACAAAAACACAUGCAUGGACUCCGGUGUUCGUACUGUUAGCUUGCAUCGACUCCCCGGCGCCGGUGGCCGCUAGCACGGCGGGGCUCGGGGCCAUGGAGGCUCACCCGGGGGCCCCCGCCGCCCCAGGCCCCUUCCAAGGACCGCACCAAGAAAGGGGACCUGUGCCAAGCCAGGGGGCCUCCUGAGGAAGCCGGCUGCUCCUGUGAGGGAGGCCAUGGCCCAGCCCAGCGUGGCCCAGCAGGCCGGGCCCCUGAGGGCUGCUUUGCUCCGUGGACACUGCGGACAGCUGUGCGCAGACCAGAGGGCAUGCCAUCAAGCAGCAGGGCCUGUCACCUCCCGCAGUGAGCUGGCAGGCAUGGGGGUCAGGCACAGGCACUGCCCGGCCGCACACGGACAUUCCAAAGACCUCAAGAGAGCACCCCUACCCCACGUGUUUUGGAAAUCGUUUCUUUAACCAGCCUUGUGAGGGAGGGAGUCAGCCCCCUGUGGCCACCUGGCUGCACGGGGCAGGGUGUGUGCAGCCCGCCUAGUGAGGCUGGCCCCAGGAAGGGCAGCUUUGGGCACAGUGCCCCCCAUGGCUCCUGCCCGGGGAAGCAGGCAGUCCCUGCCCCGUUCUUCCUAAACGCUCUCGUCUUUUUAUGUGUCUUGGUGACUUUAGAAACAAACACACUGGACUCGGUGGCUACUGGUAUUGUCUCUUCACACACUGAACUCUGGGCAGUGGAGUCAAGGGCACAGCCCAGCUGAGCUCUGCCCGCAGCGGGAGCCCGUCUGUGAAGCUGUGGACGCUCCUUUUUCUGAUGUGAUUUAGCAAAACCUUCCCGCACACUUGCCCAGGGAUGGGACAUGGCUGGUGGUGUUUCUGAGAGAAAAGCAGCUCAAGACACAGCAGACCCUGUUCCCCAUUUAAGGAAAACAAGCCAGAACCGGGACCCAUGUAAAGAGAGCCUUCUGUGUCGGUGUUGCGACUUUGCUAAAAGAUCUCAAAUCCAGGGGAUUCCAUGCUCAGUGGAUGAAUGUAGACGCAAAACCGCAAAACUUGUACGAAGAUGUAAAGAGCUGAAAAUAUUUUUUUCCUUUUUCCUUUCCUUUUUUUAAAAAAAAUCUGAAUUGUGCCCUGUACUGCAGUUAGUUGUUUGAAUAAAAGUUUUAUUUAUUGCAUCGA